GGGACAGCUGCCAGGAUACCUGUUCUGAGUCUCUCUCCCACACCAUGGACGCUAUAUUUCUUGGGUGGUGCACUCAAACAUGACUUUUAUAAGUUGAAAAGGGUAGGUACAGGGAAUUUUGAUAAUAGCCUAACUAGAAGAUACAUUUUUUAGGGAAACAGCAGGCAGCAGAAAUUUAUUAGCUGACAUAUGAGGGUUUGCAUUUUUGCAUAAUGCUUCCACAUAGGGACUUUAAAAUAUUCUGUAUGUAAUUCAAUUCAAUUGUAAUAUUUUUCUUUGAGUGCUUACUAAGUAGCAUCCUAUGUCUUGGGUAUAAUGGUGAUGAAUAGAACAGAUCUUGUUAUGGCACUAAUGGAGCUAAUAGAAUAGUUGGAGAAUUAGCCAAUAAACGUGUAAGAAAUCUAAAUUACAAAUGUUGAUGCUAUGAAGAGAAAGAACAGAGAAUAUGAGAAUGUGAAAUGAUGUGUAGGAUUACUUAGAUAGGACUGACAGACAGUGAUGGUCUCUCUGACCUGAAAACUGAGAUCAAAAGGAGUCAGACAUGUGAAGAUCUACAGGAGGAGAAUUCUUGAUAGAAAAAAAAAACUACAUAUGCAGAGGACUUAGGAACAAAAGCUUGGCUUUCUCUAAAAAGUGAAAGCAUCUCAGUGUAGUUAAAACAUAGAGAAUAAGGAAGAGAAUAGCAUGAGGUAAUUAAGUAUGGCCUUAAGGUUGCAGUGAAAAGUUUGACCUUAAUGCAACAGAGAACAAGAAAAGGUUUUUAGGCAGAAGAAUGAUAUAGUAUUUCAGAGAAAAAUCCCUUGAGCCAUAGUGUCAAAAGGAUAAGAAGUCAAGAAAUGACAUAGUCCCUGCCAUCGAGGAAUGUAGAAUCUAAUGAAAGAAAAACCUGUUAACACAAUUUCAAUAAGUGUGGUAGGUACCAUGACAAAGAUAAGACAGUCUGGAGACAAGCAUGGGUUCCAAUUCUAAUACACCAUCACUAAAAUAUUCAAAUUUUGUGACUUUAGUGCAACUUAUUUAACUUCUCUUGGUCUCAGUUUCCUCAUUUUUUGGUAUUUAUUUAUUUAUUUAUUUAUUUAUUUAUUUAUUUGUUGUUGUUCAAGUACAGUUGUCUCCAUUUUCACCCCAUCCUACCCCCCAGUUUUCUCAUUUUUAAUGUGGAAAUAAUCAUAGGGCUUCUAUGAGGAUUAAUUUGAUAAUAUGUGAAGAGUGCUUAGGCUAUAAGUAAAUGGCAGCCCUCAAUAAAUGGUAGUCAUAAUUAAUGUUACUGUUAGAUACAGUAUGGGCAGUGGACUACAAGGGGCAAGACUGGGGUCCAGGGAGUCCACUAAGACAUCUGUUAUAGGUGUCUGUUAUAGGGGCAAGAGGAAUGAUGACAGUGGCCUGGAUUAAGAUGACUAUAGCAAAAGUGCACAUGGAAUAAAGAUGGAUUUGACAGCUUUUAGGGGGUAGAAUCACCUGGUUUCUCAUUGGAUAUGGGUAAAUGUAGUGACUGAGGUUGUUUUAAUCCCCAGUUUUCAGCCUGAAUAUGUGGGAGGAGAGUCAUGGCAUGGACUGAGAAAGGGAACUCAGACUUAAGAGGAUCAUAACUCUACGGCUUACCUUAAUGAAUAUACUGAAAUAUUCAAGAUGCCUAACACUUCUAACAAUGCCUGCGAUGAUACUCCUUUGCAAUUUCAGCACACCCUCUAUGCAACCACCUACAUUACCAUUUUCAUCCCUGGUCUUCUGGCCAACACUGCAGCCUUGUGGGUUCUGUGGCGCUUCAUCAGCAAGAAAAAUAAAGCCAUCAUUUUCAUGAUCAACCUCUCUGUGGCUGACCUUGCUCAUGUGCUGUCUUUACCCCUCCGGAUUUACUACUACAUCAACCACCAUUGGCCUUUCCAGACACCCCUUUGCCUGCUGUGCUUCUACCUGAAGUAUCUCAACAUGUACGCCAGCAUUUGCUUCCUGACCUGCAUCAGCCUUCAGAGGUGCUUCUUUCUUCUCAAGCCCUUCAGGGCCAGAGACUGGAAGCGUAGGUACGAUGUGGGCAUCAGUGCUGCCAUCUGGGUCACCGUGGGCACUGCCUGUUUGCCAUUUCCCAUCCUGAGAAGUGCUGCAUUAUCCAAGAAGAAUGAAUCCUGCUUUGCUGAUCUUGGAUACAAGCCAAUGAAUGCUGUGGCUUUGGUUGGAAUGAUUACACUUGCUGAGCUGGCAGGAUUUGUGAUCCCAGUCGUUAUCAUUGCAUGGUGUACCUGGAAAACUACCAUAUUCUUGAGACAACCACCAAAGACUUUCCAGGGACUCAGUGAGAGACAGAAAGCACUGCGGAUGAUUUAUAUGUGUGCUGCAGUCUUCUUCAUAUGCUUCACGCCCUAUCAUAUUAACUUUUUUUUUUACACCAUGGUACAGGAAAAAAUCAUUGACAGUUGUUCCAUUGUCAAAAUCACAAAGUAUUUUCACCCUUUUUCUCUAUGCCUUGCAAGUCUCUCCUGCCUUUUAAAUCCAAUUAUCUAUUACUUUAUGGCCUCAGAAUUUCGUGACCAACUAUCCCUUCAUGGCAGCUCUCUGACCCGAUCCCGCCUCAUGAGCAAGGAGAGUGGUUCAUCAAUGAUGGCCUAAAAAUAAAAUAAAUUUUAAAUUGCAACUUUGUUUAACAUGUUUCCCCCUUUUUUUUUGCAAAUACUGAGAGACCAGCCAAACAAUUUCUUUAAUUGAACUCUGGGAACAACAGAAAUAAAUGUCCUCUUAUGUAAUAGUUGUGGUCAUAGGGUUGUGAUAGUGGAGGCAGUAUGUGAAAAAUGUGGGAGAGGAAAGGAAAAUUGGAUUUGCCUGUUCCCUCUUUGAAAUUCAAGGCACUUUCAAGUUUUUACAGAUGGUUUAAACCAAAUGCAAGUGAGAAAUUUUAUCUGAAACAUUUUUUUCAGUAAAUGAUUGUUAAUGAGAUACAAUAAAUGAAUCAUUUCCAUAUGUAAAAGUAAAUCUUUUUAAAAGAAGACAUUUAUUUGUGAAUGAGAGUAAAAUAUCCUAUCUUUCUAAGAGAUAAGUGCACAGGCAUGAGGGAGUGAAGAAUGAGGCAAUGUGUACAUAAAUGUCAGGACCACAACCCUAUUUGAUGAAACGGCACAGGAAUUUGUUCAUUCACUGAAAAUGUCUUGGAUGCCUAUUGUAUUCUGGUUUGCCACUUUCUUAGGUACUUUCCACAUAUAGAAUUUCAUCAGGCCCUUCUAAUGAACUUGUGGAAGUUUCCAAUAUAAAUAAAUAAAUGGAACUUCAGGCAUAUGAAGAAACUUGUCUGGGGGAUAAACAGACAAGUGGUGAGUCAAAAUGUGUCUUGUAUACUUCCCAUAUGUUUAAGUUGUUCACUCCACUUGUGUUGUUACUUUUACUAGGUCAGUAGUAAGCUAGACUUGAAUGGUGGUGACACAGACUAAAGCUAAGACACAUGAAACCAAAACCAUUCUUAUAAAAUUUACCUGAGAUUAUCUGAAAAGUCUUGGGUUGUAGGGGUAAGAGUCAGGCUUCAGGCUGCAAGGUAUCAAAUGAUAAAUAGAUGCUGUUCUAAUAUUGUCUUGAUCUACAGAGUCCUCAUGAUCAGGGAUAUAGCAAAUGUAAAUAUGGAAUUGCAUUAGAAACAGAAAACAUGAUUACAUCAUGAAUGAAUGGGAGAAAAGGGUGUGACAUCCUUCUGGAAAUCAUAUCUUCAGUUUUCUCAAGGUUAUAGCUAUUUUUUUAGAGCCAUUAUGGAGGAUUUAAAUAUAAGCAAUCCUUAGCUUCUCAGGUUGGCAUUUAUGAAGCUCAAUGCAUCAUUCUAAUCUUUUAUGCUUUCAACUUAAAUUGCAUGUCAGACAUUUCAUGUGCGGAAUGAUAGUCCUCAGAAUAUCAAUUUGAACAGACUGGCUAUAGAAAAGGAUGAAGGGACAACUGAACAAGGAGGAAUUUUU